CAGCUGAGCUGUGUUGUUGAUGACAACUUCCGGCUGUGUCCAUCCACUUCCUGUCUGAUUUCGUAAACUCGGGACGAGAGAAGGAAGAAUGUUGGCCCUGUCUCGAGCAGUGGUGUGUGGGGUGGCCCGUGCUCCAGCUGCGGUCAGUCAGGGUGGAGUGACCGCUAUCGCCCGAUUCAACAGCACAGCACAGAGUGCUCCCAAGAAAACAACAUACGGACCUCUGGCAGAUGAGGACAGAAUUUUUACAAACCUUUACGGCCGCCAUGACUGGAGGCUGAAGGGGGCGCUGAAGCGUGGCGACUGGUACAAAACAAAGGAGAUCCUUUUGAAGGGAGUUGACUGGAUUCUCAAUGAGAUCAAGGUUUCUGGCCUUCGUGGGAGAGGUGGAGCUGGUUUCCCAACAGGCAUGAAGUGGAGCUUUAUGAACAAGCCCAGCGAUGGCAGGCCAAAGUAUCUGGUGGUGAACGCAGAUGAGGGAGAACCUGGCACCUGUAAGGACAGGGAGAUUAUGAGGAAUGACCCACACAAGUUGGUGGAGGGCUGCUUGGUGGCUGGGAGGGCCAUGGGGGCCCGUGCUGCUUAUAUUUAUAUCAGAGGAGAGUUCUACAAUGAGUCAUCCAACCUGCAGAUAGCUAUCAAUGAGGCCUAUGCUGCUGGACUCAUUGGAAAGAACGCCUGUGGCUCUGGUUAUGACUUUGAUGUGUUUGUGAUGCGUGGUGCUGGAGCGUACAUCUGCGGAGAGGAGACUGCUCUUAUCGAGUCCCUGGAGGGGAAGCAGGGGAAGCCCCGUCUGAAGCCCCCAUUUCCUGCUGACGUGGGUGUGUUUGGUUGCCCAACAACUGUUGCCAAUGUGGAGACCGUAUCCGUGGCACCCACCAUCUGUCGUCGUGGUGGCACGUGGUUCCUGGGCUUCGGCAGGGAGAGAAACUCCGGCACAAAGCUCUUCAACAUCUCUGGCCAUGUAAACCACCCCUGCACUGUAGAAGAGGAGAUGUCCAUCCCUCUGAAAGACCUCAUCGAGAGGCACGCAGGUGGAGUGCGUGGUGGUUGGGAUAACCUUCUGGCUGUAAUCCCCGGUGGAUCCUCAACUCCCCUUAUUCCCAAGAAUGUAUGUGAAGACGUGCUGAUGGACUUUGACGGCCUCAUCCAGGCUCAGACUGGCCUGGGCACAGCUGCACUCAUCGUCAUGGACAAAUCUACUGACAUUAUUAGAGCCAUCGCCCGCCUGAUUGAGUUCUACAAGCAUGAGAGCUGUGGCCAGUGCACACCCUGCAGAGAAGGCGUGGACUGGAUGAAUAACAUGAUGUGGCGUUUUGUGCGAGGCGAUGCACGGCCAGCUGAGAUAGACAUGAUUUGGGAGCUCAGUAAGCAGAUUGAGGGACACACUAUCUGCGCCCUGGGAGAUGGUGCAGCCUGGCCAGUGCAGGGAUUGAUCAGGCACUUCAGGCCUGUGAUGGAAAGCCGAAUUGCUGAACACCAGCAGCAGCAGCAGCAGCAGGCCAGGGCUUGAUUCGCUCCUCCAGCUCUUUGAACUCGUUCCUCCGCCUCAUUUUCCUUUAACCCUGUGCCCUUGUCAUUGACAAGUUAUUUAAAGCGAUAAUGUGCCGUCUUAUCACCUCAUCGUCAAGUUUUACAUUGAUGUGUCUGCCUUGUCUGAUGAAAUCACCAAUAAAAUUCUAUGAACCUUAAACUAAA